AUGCUACUACAGCCCCCUGAUGGCCCCCUGGUUUUGGGUGUCGCGUUAAUAGACUUCAAUCAUUUGGUGGGACCAAAGAUAGAGUUCUACAAAGGGGAUAUAUUUGAAGACGAAGAAGUGUCUAAAAUUCUCCCCUUCUUGGCGUUACCAGACGGCGCUCAUAUGUCACUUGAAGACUAUUCCUACUUUCAUUUAGUACCCUCAUCACCAAAUCCUAGCACAAUUUUUGGGAUAUCAUGCAAUCGACAAAUACCGGCGUCUACUCUCCUGGUAAAAGAUGCCGAUGUCACUCGGUCAAUUGUACAGAAAGCUGUUGUAGUACUAGUAUCGAGGCCAGUCUUUGGUCCAAUACGUGAUAAGUUGGGCGUCGUGACUCGGGCUUUAUUCAAUCAAAGGGAUUUUCGGGAGACUAAUAUUCUAGUCGAUUUUAUCUCUUCUCUUGAAACUUCAUUGCGCACACAACUUACUGAAAGUGGCCUUUACAUGGGUGAACGGGAUUUCGUACACACAUUCCGCCAUCGAACGCUUGUUCUAGUCAAAGCUCUCAUCCUUCAGAAGAAGAUCAUAUUUUUUGGCCAUCCUGUAGAGCGCUUGUGUAAUUAUCAAUACUCCUUAAUAUCCCUUAUACCGGGCCUACUGCAGACGCUCGAUGAUUGUGGCUCUCCGCCUUUAGCAUCGCGCGCUCCUACACUAAGCCGGCCCUCUUCUCUGCGAACAUCCGACCGAAAAAGUAUGAUGGCAUACAUGGGACUCCCAUUGGAUGUCUUCGGCAAGGAUGCAUUUUUCCAGCCGUACUUACCUCUCCAGCAGAUUGAUCUGCUCAAGGACUCGCAAAGCUGGCUAUGUGGGAGCACCAACUCAAUCGUAACUCAGCAAAAAGAAAUCGAACUUCUUAUCAACACGGAAAAUGCCACGCUGGAGUUUCGUGACCCUCGACUGGAACGAGUAGCUGGCUUGACUGCUGCAGAUAGAAAAUGGAUGGAUGAAAUAGUGAGGGAUGUUAAUGAAGGGUGGAGCGAAAGUGAAGCUACCAGUCCAACUGGAAUACAUUUCAAGGGUAGUGAUGACUAUCUUAGAGCCAAAUUCGAGGAGUAUAUCUUUGCGGCCUUGGCUUCUGUGCGAUAUCGGGAGUUUCUAAUCAAAGGAAAGGGCGGUGGCGUCAUUAUAGCAGGGGGACCAGAUGUCAAUUCCAUCGAGGAUUUCAAUCCUUUAUGGAUCACCGAGUUCAUGAAAACGAAUGCCUAUCAAGUAUGGGACAGAACGACAGAUCCUAUGCUGUUUGACAUCGUGGAACCAAGACAUCCCUGUAACGAGAAACCUUCUGUUGUUGCAGACAUCGGACUUCGACUCUCAGAGGGUAUACAGGAGUUAAAGUUGGAUCAGCAGCUAGCACCUACCCGUGAAGCCAUUUCGCGAACCCUGACCGCUGGGUCGACAAAUUUCUUCAAAGCUGUGGAAGGUGUCAAAGGCCGAUGGGGGCAACGCACCCCGAGCUCGGUCUCUACCUCAGAUAUUUCCAGUGUUCCCAGCACCCCAGUUACUCCUGUCGUUAUAUCCAAAUCAGAUGCCGAUUUCCCUACACAGGAAACUGUGGUUGACAUGAAGCGGCAGACGUCCAGAGAGUCGAGUGGCAGUGGAGGCGGAACGCGACCUGUCAGCGUUACGCAGGCUGCCUCAGAGACGAAGGCUGCGUUGGGAGCAUGGGGAGCUGGUAUACAGUCAUUUUGGUCGACGAGGGCCGCAAGGUUUUCUCAGCGGGGCAGUGUCACUAGCUUUGCGUCUACCACACCCAUCGCGACUCCGGUACAAUCUCCCGUGUCAGAAACGUCGUUCUCUCACAGUCAGUCGUUUACGGCUGUGACUACAGUUACCGAACUACCUGAACAUGAUGAGGAGGGGGCACAUGUUCAUGUCGAUCUCGAAGAGGUACAUACCAAGGACCAUAUGCCUGCGGAGGAGCCAACAGGUAUGGCGCUAUGAAAAGGGACCGGUCGCCCUCAGUAUUUGUCACAUUUUUUGUACAGACUGUCCAUAGUUGCAUGUUAGCUUUCACGUAGUAUACUCUAACCACAAAAUAGAUAUAAUCUGCUUGUGGAGAAAAUAUAUGGUGCUGUGGCAUGGCUUACUACUGGCGUAAGCAGUGGUUACCAUCAUAUAGCAAUUGCUGCAAUAAGAAACAUAGUAAAUUAUCUCCUCUUUUUCAUCUUUUCCACUCCCCAACCAGUAACAGCAAUCAAAGCAGCACCGGCGAAACAUGUUCCAGCGUAAACAAUCAUCUUCUCGAAUUUUCCACCGCCUACAUUGAAUCCGUUUUUUUGGUGGUCGAAGUUGGUGACGUUACCGUUGAAAAGGGAGGUCGAGAUAGGGGUUGAGAGGACAUUUCCAAGGCCUCUAGAUAGCAAAAAGUAUCCGAAGAGAGAAGUCGAAAGGCCCGGAUCGUCCUUGGCGAAAGGUUUUACAAAGCCGGUCCAGAGCGACGUCCACCCUCCGGCGAGGGUCCCAUACGCGAUACCAAAU